AUGGCCACAGUGACUGAGAGUCCGCAGAGAGCUCCUCUGCAUACCGACGGUCAUGCCGAUUUGACGUCGAACCGAAUCGUGCCAAUCCCGACACCGACCCCGUCCAUCCAAAUGUCAGCUCCGUCUCCCGGCGACCCUAUGGAGAUCACCUCCCCCGCCAAUCCAAGUAGCACUUCGCCCUCGAGUAAGAGCAACGAUCCAGGCGCCAACGGCGCGUCUAAGAAUACCUCGCCCAUUGAACACUCCGCCAACAACUCGCUCACUAUGCCUGCUGCGCCCGCCGCCGCUGCCGCUGCCGUUCACCAACCAAAGAUCGUGCAGACGGCCUUCAUUCACAAACUGUACAGCAUGCUUGAGGACCCCAGCAUCCAGCAUCUAAUUUCGUGGUCGGCGAGCGCCGAGAGCUUCGUCAUGUCUCCGACAGCCGAUUUCUCCAAAGUACUUGCGCAAUACUUCAAACAUACCAACAUAUCGUCCUUCGUCCGGCAACUAAACAUGUACGGAUUUCACAAAGUGAGCGAUGUCUUCCACACCACAAGUCCCGAGACUGCCUUGUGGGAAUUUAAACAUGGAAAUGGCAACUUCAAGAGAGGCGACCUAGUUGGUCUUCGCGAAAUCAAACGCCGCGCUUCCCGACACGCUCUCGUCCAUCGCGAAUACCCAAACGCCAAGCCAAGCCCGUCACAGCCCGGGACACCCGCGGAACCGAUGCCGCCCCCCAACGAUGGUUCUGAUCCGCGAAUGUCUGGGCUCGAACAUACUCUAUACGACCUCAGCAUGCGAUUGCAGAGGAGCGAGGAGAACGCUCACUACAUGCACAUCAAGCAACAGGCAGUCAUGGAAACCAUGUCGAGACUCCUUCAGUUCAACCAAGAACUUUCAAGGACGGUUCUCAGCUUAGUACCUAGUCCUGACCAUCCAGUACACCGAGAUGUUCUGAACUUGCAGGGAGAAAUGGCAAGGCAGGCAGACAUGCUUCGGACGAUCGACGACCCCCAGGAAUCGCCAUUCGCAAACAGCCGAGCUUACUUUUCCAAUGUCGAGAAUGCACCUGUUUCGCCUCGACAGUUACCCCAAGAUGACCCCAGGCGGAGUGCAAACCUUGCAGUCCCUCAGCCGAGGGGGCAGAAUUUCUACCGGCCUCCCGUGCCCUCGAACCUUUCCGUCAGCACGCGACGGCCAUAUGGCUCAAUCGGAGGUGGCACAGCGCCCCAGGCUUCUUCUCCCUUGCGAGGGGCGCCACCACCACCACCCCCUGGACCACAUCCCUUGGCUCAAGUCGAGCCGCCUCCUGGAAGUCUCGCAAGACGCCACACAUCUGCCGAUAUUCGUGCACACGGCUGGCAACCGAGUGCCCCGCCACCGUUCGCUUCGGGCCCUCCGUCCGGGCCCCCUUCGGGACCAUGGCCAUCGUCGCCAAGUCGGCAUGCCCCGGAAGAUCAGCGCAUCAGGGAGUCUCUUUCUACUUAUUCUCUGCAGAACGCGUCUCAUUCGCGGCCCAUGUCGAGGCCCACGACGCCCCCAGGCGUUCCCUUCUCGAACGGUAGCGGCGGCGGGGCUGACGCUUUUGGCAACUGGUCGUGGAACUCUGCCAACCGGGACAACAAGAACUUGGCCAUUAGAGAUAGCUCAGGACCCCCCACCCGCCGCGGCAGCAUGGCGCACAUUCUCAAUCCGACCGACACGGCCGAGCGUGACGAUGAAGAUGAGGACCCUCGGGGCGACGAUGACCGGAAGCGCAAGCGGAUACAGUGA